AUGAAGCCCGUGGAAACUGCUCUAACAGCAGUGAUCCAAACACAGCAGACUGUGCUGGCAGCAGUGGGAGAAGAUGCUGAAUUCAGCUGUCAGCUCUUGGAGACUAAAGACGUCCUUCAGGUCACAUGGCAGAAAGUUACUACUGGGAAAAAGAAUGUUGCCACCUACAGCAACUACUAUGGUCAGAGAGUGAAUGAGGGCUUUUCUAAUAAAAUUGUGUUUAAAUACACUGGACUACAGAACUGCUCUAUAGUCGUCAGGAAUGUGACGGAGCAGGAUGAAGGCUGCUAUCACUGCCUGUUUAACACUUAUCCUGAAGGAGCUCUGACAGGUAGAACCUGCCUCCAAGUCUAUGAGCUGCAUGAACCUGUUGUUGAUGUCAGAGAGUCAAACUCUACUGAAGAGUGGGUUGUUUCCUGUUCAGCCACUGGUCGACCUGCUCCCACUGUAACACUCAGUGUCUCACAACAAGACCUCAACUUCUCACAGUACAACACUGUCAGUGUGUCCAACACCAACGCUACAUUCACUGUCACCACUACAGCUGUGCUCUCAGGUUCACGUACACAGAGCACACAGGUGGGAUGUGCAGCACGAGUGCUCUCUGCUCCUCACAGAGAGGUGAUGGUGAUGAUUCCUGAUGAUGGGGAUGAUGAUGAUGACGAUGAUGGAAUCAGGAUUUCAGUCAUUCUGUCGUCUGUGUUGUUGGUGCUCUGUGUUGCUGUUCUCAUCUUUGUCAAGUAUAGAAAGAAACCUCAGCGCAGGCACUCGUCUUAA